UUUACGCCAAGCAACCUGAUUGAACAACGAUUGCAAACUUAUCUGGCGUAUAUGGUAAUGCACUUUGUACCUGUGAUACUCGGUUAAUCAGUGCAUUCGGGCGAACACCAGCGUUUAAUCGUCGAGAAUUCCGACAACGGUGCAGCGGUACCAGAUUUCUCCAUAACCGAUUAUAACACCAUAACCAUGUCCUCAUCCGAUGGCAAACUUCGCUACGACGGCCGUGUGGCGGUGGUGACGGGAGCUGGCGCCGGUCUGGGCCGCGAGUACGCCCUCCUCUUCGCGGAACGCGGCGCCAAAGUGGUGGUCAACGAUCUGGGCGGCACCCAUUCCGGCGAGGGAGCCUCUCAGCGGGCCGCCGACAUUGUGGUGGAGGAGAUCCGCGCGGCUGGCGGCGAAGCGGUGGCCGAUUACAAUUCGGUGAUCGAUGGGGCAAAGGUCAUCGAGACGGCCGUGAAGGCCUUUGGACGCGUGGACAUCCUGGUUAACAACGCUGGCAUCCUGCGCGAUCGAAGUCUGGUGAAGACCAGCGAACAGGACUGGAAUUUGGUCAAUGAUGUCCAUCUGAAAGGCAGCUUCAAGUGCACCCAGGCUGCCUUUCCUUAUAUGAAGAAACAGAACUAUGGUCGCAUCAUCAUGACCUCUUCGAAUUCCGGCAUCUAUGGCAAUUUUGGCCAGGCCAAUUACUCGGCCGCCAAAAUGGGUCUCGUGGGACUGGCCAACACGGUGGCCAUCGAGGGGGCGCGCAAUAAUGUCCUGUGCAACGUGAUCGUGCCCACGGCCGCCAGUCGGAUGACCGAUGGCAUCCUGCCCGACUUUCUCUUCAACGAGCUGAAGCCCAAGCUGAUUGCCCCCGUGGUGGCCUAUCUGUGCCACGAGUCCUGCGAGGAUAAUGGCAGCUAUAUCGAGAGCGCCGCCGGCUGGGCCACCAAGGUGCACACUGUUCGCGGCAAGGGUUCGGUGCUGCGACCCUCGCUCGACGAUCCCGUGACCGUGGAGUAUGUGAGGGAUGUGUGGUCCAAGGUGACCGACAUGUCGCAGGCCAAGCACUUGAAUGCCAUCGCCGAGGCCUCUGGCACGCUGCUGGAAGUGCUCGAGAAGCUGAAGGAGGGCGGCGCCGGCGGAGCGGAUGUCGUGGAGGACACCUUCGAGUUUAAUAGCCGUGAGCUCAUCACCUACGCCUUGGGCAUUGGGGCAUCCGUGAAGAACGACAAGGAUAUGCGAUUCCUGUACGAAAAUGAUUCCGAUUUCUCGCCCAUUCCAUCGUUCUUCGUUCUGCCCGGCCUCCUGCUGGCCAUGUCCACCGACAAGCUGAUCAGCAAGGCCCUGCCCAACACGCAGGUCGACUUCUCCAACAUUCUGCACGGCGAACAGUAUCUGGAGAUCGUCGAUGAACUGCCCACCAGCGGCACUUUGCUGACCAGCGGUAAGGUCUUCGAUGUCAUGGACAAGGGCUCCGGUGCCGUGGUUGUGACCAAUACCGAAUCCUUUGACGAGAGCGGACGUCUGUUGGUGCGCAACCAGAGCAGCACAUUUGUCGUUGGCGCCGGCAAAUUCGGCGGCAAGAAGGAACCGAUUGCCGGCGUUGUGCCGCUGCAGCCGGCGCCCAAUCGCCAGCCGGAUGCCUCGGUUCAGUAUGCCACCAGUGAGGAUCAGGCGGCACUUUACCGCCUCUCCGGCGACCGCAAUCCCCUGCACAUCGAUCCCCAGAUGGCCCUGCUGGCCGGCUUCAAGCAACCCAUCCUCCAUGGUCUCUGCACGCUGGGCUACUCGGUGCGCGCUGUGUUGUCGCAGUAUGCAGGCAACGAUGCGGCUCUCUUCAAGGCCGUUAAGGUGCGCUUCUCGGGACCCGUGAUUCCCGGGCAGAGCCUGCGCAUCGACAUGUGGAAGCAGGGCAGUCGCAUCAACUUCCGCACCGUGGUCGUGGAGACCGGCAAGGAGGUCAUUUCCGGCGCCUAUGUCGACCUCAAGAGCGCUCCAGCCAAGCUGUAG